CAUGGAGCUGGGGUGAGGACCGUUAGCUGAGAGCUAGCUGCCAAACUGCUUGGCGACUGGCUGCACGUGCAGAGAGGCUCCUGUCAAUUGGCUAAGGGACACGUGACGGAGAGAGCCGCCUGGUGAUUGGACAGCAAGUGCGCUGGUGACAUCACAGACUUGGUGGACCACCGGACCAGGUAUAAAAGGCAGAGCGAUGGCCUUCCUGGCCGCCAUUUAGGAGACAGAUGGCGAAGCCUUCCCUCCUCCUGCUCAUCGUUGUGUUCUGCGCAGCAGAGGUCUAUGCCCUGGAUCAGGACCAAGGACCUAUUCAGGACCCAGGACUCAUCCAAGACCCAGGACCCACCCAGAACAACAGGGUCACUGAGCUUCCGGAGAAGGGAUGCCUCUGCUCACCCCACCAAUUGCAGGCCCUCCCAGACAACUAUCCUCAAGGCCCUGGGCCUCCCUGUCCCAGGAUACCAGCUGGGACCUCAGCCUGCAGCCUGGGACUUUCCAGGAGGAUCCCUGCUCGUGCACUCCCGCAAACUGAAUGUCGAAAUGCUCUGCCACCGAGGGCUCAGUGGGCCAGAAGGGCACCCAGAACAAGUCAUUGCCUGGCCUCCAGAACACCAUCGCCACAGAGUCUCCAAAACACCAUCUCCACGGAGUCUCCUGCACCUUUUCCACAGAAACCUCCCUACUCAAAGAGCCACUCACACAGUCCUGCAGACAGUGCAUGUGAACUCUCCAUCCCAGGAAGCACCACUGUUAGCCUGGCAGAACCACAGAACACCAUCUCCAUAGGGUUCCCUGCAGCCUUCUCAGACAGACAACAGAACCACCAGGCCGGUGGGAAGGACCCUGGGCCACCUACAGGGAGUCCAUCAGGCCCCCACAGCAUGAUCUCCCAGGGCACAUCUGCCUCUGCAGCCUUCCCAAGAAGCCCAUCAAAGUCCUCUGCCCAUGUGACGAGCCCCAGCAGCACUUCUGCACAUCCCCUAACCCAUGACACCAGCUCUUACCCUCCAGGCACCACUAUCCCUGUAUACCCAAGGACCAGCACCAAGAUCACUGAAGAAGCAAUGUUCAGCGGCUCCAAGGUCCUGGUCUGCCCUUGGCCCCGAGCCCCCCAACCAGUCAUUGAUGGGCCCCCUAUCUCUGGCUGCUUUAUGGUGGAUGAGAAGCACCUAAUUUCAGUCAUCUUUGCACGCAGAGCCACUUCACAGAAUUCCCAACCUGUUAGCAACCAGAUCCCAGGAGGCGUGGAAGGUGCCCAGCCAGGCAUCAGUAACCCACCACCACUCCCAGCCUCAUCUGGCUCCCCAACACCUCAGCUCCCAGAUUGGCAAGUCACAGACCGGCAGGUAAAAGAUCAGCAGGGCCCAGCCCCAGCUGCCUUGCCCACUCUGCCUGGAGUUUUUGCAUCCCAGACACUGGGAGGCCUGGAAGAGGGGCAGCUCAAACCAUCCAGGCUGGAGAAGAAAGGGCAGCUCAGACCACCAGGACCCAAGAGGAAGGGGUAACUUGGACCACAUGAGCCCCUGAGAAGGCAGCCAGUUAGCAUCUCCAAAAGCAGAUAUUACUAGCUCAGGGGUGGUCCAUGUAGACCAAGAACACUGACUCCAUAGGGAAAGGCUUCCCAAAGGCCAACAGCUGGCAGCCUGAGGUCAUGCCUGGGACCUUCCAGAACUUGGCUGCUCUGAUAGGGCACCAUGUCCAGGGACUGGUGGGCCCUGACCCCACACCAGACUUAAGUUCCUUCUGCUGGUGGCAUGUCACCUGGACAGCCCUCCUCCUAUAGGGCACUCUAGUGGUGUAGAGAAACUACCAGAUGUGCUACACCCUGCUAACAGAGAAAAACCAGACCUUGAAAAAGAAUUAUCCAUGGAAAUAGAGUGUCUAGGGAGAGUUUUCCUAGGUUAAACACCUGUUUUUACCUCCCCCACCAAGCAUGUUUUCUUCCCCAGAAACCUUACCUAUUAGAAUACAGAUGAAUAAAGUUGUUAUACCCACCCAAAAAA